GUGCAUUCCCUCCCGAGGGAAGGAAAAGAUAGUCAAAAUUUCGGACCACGACGAGCACCACCUCCACCACCCGGACAGCCCGACCACGAUGGCGGCCAACCUGGACCAGUUCGCCGACCUGGAGCUGUCCAAGGAGGACCGGGAGCAGAUCUUCGAUCCGCCGCUGGACGCCCCCAAGACACAGAACGGCGCAAGCACAAUCGCCAAAAUCGUAAUCAGCGGAAUACCGCAGCACGCCAAAUUCGAUGACAUCGAGCCGCUGUUGAAACCGUACGGCAAGGUCGAACACUGCGACGCCGUCACCAGCAAGGACCCGACCACGCAAACCGUCCAUAUCACGUUCGAAAAUCACGAUCAGGCACAGAGAGCGGUAUCCGGCCUGAACGGGAUCGACUUCGAGGGUUCGAAGCUGCUGGUGGAACUGUUCGAGACCAAAGUGGCGCGGCGAAGUGCGCGGGCACGCUCGCAGUACGCCGGAAUGCCCGGCGGCGGCGGCCCCGGUCGCCAGACGGACUUCCCGCUGCGGCUGCUGGUGGCGUCGGAGAUGGUCGGCGCCAUCAUCGGCCGCCAGGGCAGCACGAUACGACAAAUCACCCAGAACAGCCGGGCCCGCGUGGACGUGCACCGCAAGGACAACGUCGGUUCGCUCGAGAAGGCCAUCACAAUCUACGGCAACCCGGAGAACUGUACGAGCGCGUGCAAACGCAUCCUGGAGGUGAUGCAGCAGGAGGCGAACAACACAAACAAGGGUGAAAUCUGUCUCAAAAUCCUCGCUCACAACAACCUGAUUGGACGCAUCAUCGGCAAAAGUGGGAACACGAUCAAGCGAAUAAUGCAGGACACCGACACGAAGAUCACGGUCAGCUCGAUCAACGACAUCAACAGCUUUAACCUGGAGCGCAUCAUCACCGUCAAGGGUUCGAUCGACAACAUGUCCCGGGGUGAGAGUCAAAUCAGCGCCAAGUUGCGCCAAAGCUACGAGAACGACCUCCAGGCGCUGGCCCCGCAAAGCAUAAUGUUCCCGGGACUGCACCCGAUGGCGAUGAUGUCGACGGCCGGCAACGGAAUGGGCUUCGCCGGACGUUCCGGCAUGUACCCGGGCUCCAGCUAUCCGAUGUAUCAACCGCCGACCGCACCCGGAGUGCCGCCGGGGUCCAGUGACGUCCAGGAGACCACAUACCUGUAUAUUCCAAAUAACGCCGUUGGUGCUAUCAUCGGAACCAAAGGAUCGCAUAUUCGUAAUAUCAUAAGAUUUUCCGGUGCUUCCGUCAAGAUCGCCCCACUCGAGGCGGACAAACCGCUGGAGCAGCAAACCGAGCGCAAAGUUACCAUCGUCGGCACGCCGGAAGCCCAGUGGAAGGCCCAGUAUCUGAUCUUCGAGAAGAUGCGGGAAGAGGGCUUCGUGUCCGGCACCGACGACGUGAGAUUAACCGUGGAGAUCCUGGUGCCGAGUGCGCAGGUCGGACGCAUCAUCGGCAAGGGUGGCCAGAACGUGCGGGAACUGCAGCGGGUCACCGGAAGCAUAAUCAAACUGCCCGAGCACACGGCCGCGACGCCCGUGGACGAGGAAACCACCGUGCACAUCAUCGGUCCGUUCUUCAGUGUUCAGUCUGCCCAGCGGCGCAUCCGCACGAUGAUGCUGGCGACGAAUCCCCCGCCGGCCACGAACCGACAGAAGUCGUCCAAGGGCAAGGAAACUCCGACCUCGUCCGCACCAGCCACGCCCGCCGCCCCUCCCUCGUCGAGUACAAACGCAUAAUCAAAAGCUGAAACUGUAACUGCAACAACAACUACAACUACUACCACAACAAACAAAACAAUCGCAAUCGCACCAGCAUCAUCAUCAUCAUCGUCCCUACCGGAAGUGCGACCGCCUAAAUCCGUUACAGAAAGGUCAAACUAUCAACAAAUUCUGGAGCAGCAGCAGCAGCAUCAACAGGAGGAGUCCGCAAUUGGGAGGUAAAAUCAGUCCUUUUUAUUGAUAAAUCAAGUAAGAAAAAGAAGCCUCAGGAAUACAACUAAAACACACACACACUAGAAGAGUAAACCAACACACUCAAGUAGAGCCAACGUAUCGCCUCUCAGGUCAGCUAUCUAGACAAAAUUAAGCAGCAAAAUUUAACCCCCCCAAAACAAAAUAACAAAAAAAAAUAGCAUGCACCACUAGUAAAGCACGAGUACCCCUGCUAGGAGGAUCGUGUGCGUACAUUUUUCGGCAACAAAAAAUAUAUAUCCACACAUCCAAAAAAAA